CGCCACUAGGUCGACCGAGGUUGAUUUCAAGUUGUUCAGGACGGUCAAGAGGCUGAGCCAUGCAGGGCUUCAACAAAUACUACCCGCCCGACUACGACGGCGAGAAGCAUGGCAGUCUCAAUGCUUACAGAGGUGCUUUCCGUCCGUCUCUGACAAUAGCUCUGCUUUACCUGACCGUCUCUAUAGGAAAGCAUGCCCUGGGCGACAGGGCCAGGAAGAUUGACCAGGGUAUCCUGAUAACGCGGUUUGAGUUGCCGUUCAACAUCUGGUGCGGGACAUGCAACAAUCACAUUGGCAUGGGCGUACGCUACAAUGCGGAGAAGAAGAAGAUUGGGAACUACUACUCCACGCCCAUCUACUCAUUCCGGUGCAAAUGUCAUCUCUGCGAUGGUUGGUUCGAGAUCCAGACGGACCCGAAGAAUACGCGUUAUGUCGUCACCUCGGGGGCGAGACAGAAGGAUGAAGACUGGGAUCCUGAGGAGAACGGGGGUUUCGCAGUGCAUGAGACCGAUCCCAAUGCGGGACCCGUCGACCCCCUCGCAGCACUCGAGAAAUCCACCAAUGCCCAGAACUACGUGAACCAAGUCCAGGUUCCGCGGCUCGAAUCCCUCCAGUCGCUGUCUGAUCAGUACGGCUCCGACCCAUACUCGCUCUCCCGGAAGGUCCGGAAACGGUUUCGGGAAGACAAGAAGAUCGAGAAGGCUAAGCAGGAAUCAGACGACAAGCUGAAGAGCGCGUACGGACUUCCGGAGACGCUAGCACUCACCGCAGAGAGCGAAGAGAGCAAAGCCAAGGCGAAGGAGUUGUGGCAGGAGGAGAAGCAGGCGCUGCGUGAGCGUGAGGAGGCGAAGCGCAGAAAGCUCAGUCACGAUGUUGUCUUGCCCUCACGACGCGAGAGGUCGUCGCGUGUCGGGUCUUUGGCGAGGAGUCGGGAUGGUCCGGCGACUAGCUCUGCCGUCUCUUCGUUGCGGGCGAAGAUCCUCGAGAACACUGCGCGACGAUCACAGCCAUCAAGUGCUACCGGAAGACUAAAGCCGCCCGAUGUCAAGGGAAGCCUCCUGCGCCGGUGACGAUUUCGCACUUCUUUUCCGGACUAUAUAUUGUAGCCCUAUGAUUUUAUGUCAUUUGUACCCUAUUAUUAUUCUAUCACGCUCUAUCGACGGAAAUUCUUACUAUGGUUGGCUG